AUGAUUAAAAUUAAAUAUAAUAAUUAUAAUGAUGUAAGAAAAAAUAAUAGUAUUUUAAAUAUAAGCUUUUUAGUACAUCCUUGUUACUAUACAUCUUUUGAUUUAGAAGAAAAUGACUUAAUAAAUAAAAAUACUUGUUCUAAUUUUUUAUAUUAUGCAGAAAAAAUAAAUAUAUAUGAUAAAUCUGAAUCAGUAAAAAUUUAUAGAAAAAAUGACAAUUUAGUAAGAGAAUUAAAUUUUAUUAAAAGUUGUGAACUAUUAAAACAUACAUAUAAAUAUAAAAUUCCAAUAAUAUAUCAAAAUAUUAAAAAAUUUGACUUAUUUAAUCAUAAUACCAUAAAUUAUUACCCCAUAAAUUAUAACAGUACAAAUAGAAAUAUUGUAAGAAAUAAAAAUUAUAAAUCAAUUAAAAAAGAAAGAUGUUUUAUAUUAGAUAAUGAAAUGAUUUACUCUAUGACUCCUGAAUAUAUCUCACAAAAUAUUAGAAAUAAUAUACUUAAUUGUGGGAUGAAAUUAAAAAAAAAACAAAAAACUUUUGAAAAUGAAGUGAAUACAAGUGAAUAUAAAAAUGUAUACAAAAAAGAUAUAGUUAAAAGCCAUAAUAAAAAAAAAAUAAAAACGGGUAAAAAUAACAAUUAUAAUAAUGAAUAUAAUAGAACUAAUAAGAUAAAAAAGAAAAUACUGAUUCAUUUAGAUCCUUUUGCUGGAGCUGGAGGAAAUAGCAGUAGUAUGGUAGACGUGUUCACCAUUGCAUCAGAUAUUGAUAUGAUUAGAAUAAAAGAAUGCCAACAUAACUGUAACUUUUAUAAUAAAAAUGUUGAUUAUAUUUUAUGUGAUUUUUUUAAUAUAGUGAAUCAUUUUAGAAAAAAUAUAAUAGACGUAAUUUUUUUAAGUAUUCCAUGGGGGGGGCCGUCUUAUAAAAAAAAAAAAAAAUUUGAAUUAAAUUCUAAAGAAAAUAAAUUGUCUAUUUAUUCAUGUUUAAGAGAGUCAUUAAAAUUAACAAAAAAUUUAAUUUUAUACCUACCAAGAAAUGUUUCUAUGGAAGAUUUAUUUUAUCUUUAUAAAUAUUAUAAAAAAAUAAUUAAUUUAAAAAAAAAAAAAAAAAAAAUAAUGAAUAGUGAUGACAUUUUUAUUGAAUUAUAUAUUAACAGAAAUAGAUGUAGUUAUCGUAAAACUUUUGAUAACAGUUUAUGUAGUUUUUAUUAUUUUUUUAACGAAAAUUAUAACUUAUAUAAUAAUGAAUUUAACUUCUCAAAGAUAAAAACCUUAUUUAAAAUUAAUAUAGAUCAAUGUAAUGACUCUUUAGUUUUUUCGGAUAAAAGUAACAAAAAUUUUACAAAUGAAAGAAAUGAAGAAAAUGCUGAAUGUGAAAAAUGUAGAGGAAGUUAUGAAAGUUAUAAUAAUUAUAAUAAUGAAAUAAAAAAAAAAAAAAAACUAAUAUGGAGAUGGCACAACACUUCUGUGGUUCUUUAUUUAGGAAAGAUAUCAUCAUUAAUAAGAAAAAAAAAAUUUAUUGAUUUUAAUAGUAUUUAUUAUAUUCAUAAUAGCUUAAUAAAUAUUGGAAUUAUAGGAAAAAAAAAAAAAAAAAAUUUUUGUAUAUAUUCAUUUUUAGAGAACAAAAAGAAUAAAUUAUUUUGCAAUAUUGUAGACAUAAUAAAUAAAAAAGAAAAUUUAUCAAAAAAAUUAGACAUAAAUAAGAAGAAUAUAAAAAUUAUUUGUUCAUUAAAAUACAGUAAUGUAAUUAUUUUAAAUUAUUUUAUUAAAAAGAAAUUGCAUGAAAUUAUUAGUAAAAUAUUACAUCUGUUUUUUCAAAAUAUAAAAAACUUAAUUGGUUUUCAAAAAAUUAGCUUUUUAAAUAAAAUUUUUAUUUAUAUAGAAAAUUAUUAUGAAAAAAUUUUAACAAAAAAAUUAAAUAAUCAUGGUAAUUUAAAAAAUUACGAAACAUUCAUAUAUCCAGAACCCAAAACAUUUAGAUGUUUACAUCCUAUAAUUAAUUAUUUUAAUUUUCUAAUUUUUAAAAUUAAGAAAGUAUUAAUUUUGCUAUUUGGUAUAUAUUUAUAUGAUAUAUCAUUUAUGAAAUAUUUUUUUAAAUACUACAAGACAAGAUUAUUAUCAAAAAAUAUGAAUAAAAAAAGUUUAAAAAAUAUUCAUUAUAAUAUAAUAAGAUUUUUGUUUGAAUUUCUUCUAUAUAUGAAAAUUUUUAUAAAUAUCUUGAAUAAUAAUAUUAAAAUGCUUAAUUUAAUUAACAUAAAUUUUAUAAAUAAUAACCUUUUAUGUUUUUUAGAAUUUUUCAAUAUAAGAAACAAGGGUUAUAAUUAUAUAAAUUAUAUUGAUAAAAAUCAAUUUAUAUUAAAUUUCAGAAAUUUUAUAAAAAAAAUUAUUUUAUUUUCCUUUAAUUUAGAAUUUAAAAGAAAAAGCACUACUAUCAAGAAAAUUGUAAAUAUAUUUUUUCACUUUAUAUUUAAAGUAACAAAUGUAAAAGAUAUUUUAAGUUGUCUAAAUAAUAAUUCAAAUGAAAUAACCCUAGAAUAUUACAAAUUAAAUUUAUAUUUAAUUAUAAUAAAUUUUUUUACAAAACAAUUUUUUUAUAAUAGUAAUAUUACAUCAUUUUUAGAUUACUUUAAUUCGCUAAUUUAUUUUUAUCUUAACCAAAUGCAUAUAUUAUCUAACUACCAUAAAAAUUAUUCAAACAUUUUUAUUUUUUAUUUAAACAAAUUUUUAAAUAACAAAUUUUAUGUAAGUAUUAUAUAA